AUGCUGUAUAGGAUUAUUGAAAAGGUUUAUAAACAAAUUCCAUUGAAGUACCAAUAGAGACUAAAAGAUAUAGAAUUUGAAAACUCAUAAACUAUGAGAGUAAAAUAUUCUUACAUAAUAGAUUGAAUUUACUAAUGGAAUAGUCCAAAAAACAUACAAUUAUGAAGUGCUAUCAAAUAAAAUUCAAUUAAUCCAAGUAUGAUUAGUUUUAACUAGGCAUCUACAGUAAUCAAAGAAAUAGUUAGAAUUUUCAUUAAAAUGGAAACUCUUCCUAUUUUUCCUUUAAUUUAUUUACUUACUUUACCAUAAUUAUUUUGGUCUGAAUUCUUUAUUAUAUUGUACACAAUGCUGUGUUUAUUAAUGGAUAUGGCUGUCUCAUAUUUAAUUCUCUUUUACAAUCUAAAAUAAAGAUGGAAAUUCGAAGAAAAUAUCAAUAAAUAAAAAUGUCGAGUCUUAGCUGAUAUAGAUUAAUUAUUAUAAACCUAAAACAAAAGCCCAUCUAAGAAAAUCGAAUGGUAGCAAUUAAAAUUAGGUCAGAUUGUUUGCCUCUAAAAAGGAGAAAAGAGUCCAGCACAUAUUUUAAUUUUAGAGUCAAGUCAAGAACAAGUAUUAAUUGAUUUUAAGUUAAAAUAUCCAUGUCCCUGUACCUUUAUAAAUUAGGCUUCAAAGACUAAAGGUAUAAUGACUAAGUUUUUAAUAAACUUAAGUGGAUGGAUCUAAUUUUAAAACUGCAAAUAAGGAACAAUUAAAUUAAAAAACGAUCCAAAGACUACUUAAUUUACAGAAGCUAACAUUAUUUAUAGAGGAUAAAUUUUAAAUCAAACUGAUUGGAUAUUUGGAAUAGCAAUCUAAGUUGGACAUGGAUGUUUUUAAUAAAUAGAUCGAUAUUACAAUUGGAACCAUUAUAAUUAGAAUAGUUUUUAUUUAUUUUUGAUAAGUGUUCUAAUUUUCUUGAUUCUUUUAAUUCCAAAAUUAAUCAUUUAACAAUUUUAAGAAUUUCCAACUUAUCAAAAUUCUAUUAUAAUGUGUCUCUUAAUUUUACCUUAAAAUUACUUUAUAAUUAAUUAAUUUUGGUUGCUAAUACAUUAAUUCAACAUCAAGAAGUUAGAAAUUAAAGAAUCUCAUGAUAAAAAAUAAAAAUUAAUUAAAGAACAACAACAGUAAUUUUUAGAGUAGCCUAAUCCAAUGCUAUAAGAAUAUGAUAAAAAAGUGCUUAUAUAAGUCUAAAAAGUAGUAUCAACAAAUAAUUUAGAUGUACAUAUAGCCUUAAAUAAAAAAAAUCCAGCCUAUAGUAAAAUUUAUCAAUAUAAUCAAUUAACAAAUUAAAAUAUUUUAGAAUUUAUGAAAACUGAUGUUAUAGUUUUUGAAAAUCCAUAAUAAAUAUUAAAAGACAAUGUUAGAGUUUGUUUAAUCAUACAUGAUAAAAAUAGAUACUAUUUUAAUUAUGAAAAAUUAUAGAACUUGAUUGAAAAAACUUCUCCAAGUUAGAAACAAAAUUAUGAUAAAUUGCUUUUAGAUACUAAUAGAUUUUAAGCUUAUGAUGAAUAAAAAACAUAAGAUAUUGAUUUAUUAUUGGCUGAAAAAUUACAGCCUUCCUUAAGAAUUGUAGAAGAAAAAAAACCAAUUCAAAAAAUAGGAUUCUUAAAAGAAUAAAAUAAAAUAAACUUGUUAUAAAAAGAAUUGAAAGAUUCUAAAGAUUCACAAAAACAAAGUAAUGAACAAUAAAAAUUAAAUCCUUAUAGUUCUUUUAGAAAAUAAAGUGCAAGAAACUUAUUCCAAUCUAAUACACUUGCCUAACAAUAAAAAGACACUUAUAUACAAUAACAAUUAUUAACAUAACAAAUACCUUCAUAAUCUUAAAAUAUAAUUUCAUAUUAGAAUUCACCUCAAAUAUAAAGAUAAAGAAGUAGUAAUCAUCUUUCUUAAAGUUAAUUAAAUAUCAAUAUCAAAUCAUAAGGAGGAUCAUUAAAAAACAUAAUUCCUACUCAAUAAGACUUGAGUAAUGAUUAAAUUUUAGGUGAUGUAUUUAAUGAAUAAGAUUUCAUUAAUAAGUUAUUUAAUAAAUCUGAUGUAACAUCAAAUGAAAUUUUAAUCGUUUUAUUAAUAUGUAAUAAUAUUGAAAGUGUUUAUAAUAAAAAAUAGAAAAAAAUAGAAAAUCUUUAUUAUAAUUCUUUGGAUGAAUCAAUUUAAGAUUUUGUGAAAAUAUUUGAUUAUAAAUUUAUAUCAAGUUCUACUAUUGAUAAUUUUAAGGUUGAAUACAAGUAAGAUCAAAUAGUUAAGAAGGUUGUUUCUAUCUAAGGAGUUGUUAAAAUCUUUGAUAUUAUAGCAUUAUUGUAGCCAACCGAAAAUAGAUAAAAUACUUUAUCCAUUCUUGUCAAAGAUCCUGAAUCAUUUGAAUUAGAUGAAGGAGCAUUAUUAUAUACUAGAUAAGAAAUCUCUGAAAAGAAUUAUAAUAAUUAAAGAUAUCCCUAAAUUAAUGAGAUUAUUGAAGAAAUGUUUUGGGAUGGAUAGAAGUCUAUUAAAUAUUUAAAAAAAUAAUUAAAUUUUUAACAAACACAAUAAUUUUUGAAUAAAUUAAAUUCGAUAAAUGAAACUUAUGGGAAUAGAGAGGUAGAAUUAGAUAAUCUUUAUCAAUAAAUUGAGUAGGACAGUUAAUUAUUCUUUAUUUUAGGAUUGAAGUAAUUUAUACCUAUGAAAAGUUAAUAAGUACCUUAAGAUAUUUGGAAUAAUAAUCUUAAUAAAGAAAAAAUGUUUUAAAUCAUCUUAAAAAACAAUUAUAAAACAUGUUUUGUAAUUGAUACAUAUGAAGAAUUAAUGUCAUUUUUAAGAACUUAUCAUAUUACAUAAAAAAAUUCAAUUGAUCUAUUUCUCGAAGUCAAUUCAAUUCACUAUAAAUUUAGAUAAUCUAUUGAAAAUUUAAUAGAAAAAUAAAAUAUUUUUGAAGUUUAAUAGUAAAAAUUAAUUGAAAAUUUUAUUGUAAUUAAUGCUGAAACACUUGAAGCAAUAGUAAAAGAUGAUUAUCUAAAAUAUCAUUUUGUUGUCUUAUUUUAUUUUUCAUAAGGAGUUGGAGCUUAUUAAUUAGAUGAAAAAUAAAAAGGUAAACUUUUAAAAUUGAUUACAAUUACUGAAAGAUACAUAACUUCUAUUGGUUCUAGAUUAGACAAUUAGUAUUUUUUUUACAAAUCUAAUUAUUCCUUCAAUAUAUUAACUUAAGAUCCAUAAUGUGCACUUUCUAAUCCAAAUUUUUUAAUUGCUAAUGUUGAUUAAAUGUUCAAAUUACUAUUUUAUUAUUGUCCAACAACUUAUUUAAACUAUGAAUCUAUCAUAUUAAUCUAGAUUUAUAGAUGUUUUUUAUUUGGUUUUUUGACUUAUAUGAUAGACUAUUAAAAUCCAUUUCAUUCAUUAGAUGAAUUAAUUUUUUUUUAUUUAGUCCCAUGCAACAUUAUUACAUGUAUUAUAAAUUAUGACAAUUUCAUGCAUUAAAAAAUAUUUGAAAAUAAUUAAUUCGAAAUAUAUCGAAAGAGAUUAGAAUUAAUAAAAAAUAGUAACAUUUAUCUCAAAAUAAUCAAAAUAAUCUCUAUUGCAUUAUUAGAUUCUAUUUUAGUUGAAAUUUGUUUUAACAUAUUUGAUAUAUUCUAAAAUCAAGAACUCGAAAAUUAUUCAUUAUUUAUAUUCAUCAUACUUGAAUUAAUUGAAAAAUAAAAAUAUUUUCUAGCACAAUUAAACUCAUAUUAUGACUUAGGAAAAAUGCUAAAAUUAAUAUUAUCUUACAUAAUAUUAUUAUUUUUAUUAUUAUUAGUAUAUGGUCUAGUGAUUACAGACAUUAUAUAUUAAUUAUCGAGCAUAAAUGUUAUUUUUUGGAUAUUCGGACUUAUAUUUACGCUAUCUAUCUCUUAUAUAUUAUAAAAAAGUCUAAUGAUAACUGAAUUUAGUUUUUCAUGUCACAAUGAUAUUCAAUAUCAUAUUGAGAAUCAAAUUGAAAUUGAAAAGUUAAAUAAAUCUUUAAAAGAUUUGAACAAAUAAAAUUCAAAUGAGGCAAAAUUGUUCAUAGAGAAAUUAUUUGAAGGAAAAGAUUUUAUGGAUGAUUGUCUUUAAAAAAAGAUUAAAGGAGAUUAAUAAAUGACUGAUCAAAUGGAAAAAGACUUAAAAUUUACAGAUAAGAAAACAGAAAAGGAUUUUCUUAAUUCACUCAAACCCUAAAAUAAAUAUAUUUAUUUUAUCUAUGAACUAACUAUAUUUGGAAUAAGAAUCUAUUAAUAAAUCAAUAAUAUUAAGAUAGCUUAUCUAGUGAUUUCUAUAGUUUAACUUGUGGUGAUGAGUUUGCUGCCUUUAAUUUAAAUAUCUAAAUUUAAGCCUUUGGUUUUACUUAGUUUAAGAUUUUUAUUUUUUAUUGUUCUACAUUCAUUGUUAGAUACUAAUAUAAAUGAAACUUUAAUGUUUAUCAUUUCUAUUUCUUUAACUCAUCAUCCCUAAUUAGGAAUUAAUGGAUAUUAUUUUGUGUGCUUCAUUACAACAAUUUUAGAUAUGCUAAUGGUUGGAAUAUUCAAUAAUGCUAAUCCCUAUUACAUUAUUAAUCAUGGAUUAAUUCUAUUAGAAACCAGUCUUCCACUUUUAUUUCAAGUUUAUAAAACCGAAUUCCUAUAAAGAUAUUAAUAUAUCCUGUAAAAUAAAUUGUUAGAUGAAUAUAAAAAGCUAAAUGAUGCUUUAGGUCUUUUAAUGCCUCGAUUCAUUAAAGAAAGAAUGUCAAAAGGAUAAAUCUAAAUAUCAGAAGAUUAAGGAGAUGUUGCCAUUUUAUUUUGUGAUAUAUAUGAUUUUGAUGACAUCAUCAGAAAUGAAUAAAUCAAAGUAGUUGAAUUCCUAGAUAAUUUGUAUCGUUAAUUUGAUUAAUUCUGUUAAGCAAAUGAAUUGUAAAAAAUUGAAACUGUAGGUAAAACCUAUAUGGCAGCAGGUGGAUUAAAAGAUUAUAAUAUGUCUGAUAAUUUGAAUCCAACUGAAAGAAUUUUAGAUGCAGCUCUUUAAAUGUAGGAAAGUGUUAAAACUAUGAAAUAUGGAGAUAAAAAAGCUGUUGUUCUUAAAAUUGGUAUACAUUAUGGAAGAGUUGUCGCUGGAGUAAUUGGAGCUCAUAAACCAUAAUUUUCAUUGAUAGGGGAUACCGUCAAUACAACUAGUAGAGUUUGUUCAACGUCAGAACCAGGUAUCAUUACUCUAAGUUAAUAAGCCUAUGAGAAAGUCAGCAAUAAAAAAUAUUAAUUUAAAUUAAGAGAAAUUGAAGCAAAAGGCAAAGGAACCAUAAAAACAUAUUAGUUUAUUAAAGGAAAUAAAAAAUAAUAGUAAGCUAUUCUUAAAAUUGCUGAUGAUAUUUCGAAAUCUCCAAAUCCCCAAAAAUAAAAUUCGAUGAUUAAAAAAAUAUCAGAAAAUUUGAAAAAUAAACAAAAAACUAUUUUAAAAAAGGUUUCUCUAAAUGAAGAAAAAUAGGAUAUUGGCCCAAUAACUUUAUAAAAUACUAAUAUGAAUGUAAAUACAAAAUUAAUACCAAAUGCAAUUCCUCAAUCAAUUUAACCAAUGAUAAGAGCAUCGUCAAGAUCUGUAUUUAAUUCCUCAUACUAAAUGGGAUUACUUACACCAAAUGAAUAGGAUUAAGAUAGUAAUAAUAAUAAUAAUAAUAAUAAUAAUAAUAUUAAUAAUAAAGUUGAUGAAAAAGAAAAAAAUAAUAUCAAUAAUAUUUAAGGUGAUGGAUUAAAAUCAAGUAUUCCUUUGGGAGGGUACGUUGCAAUAGGUUCAUAUACAAAAAGAAUAUCAAAUCUAGCUUUUGAAUUAAAUCCCAUUAAAUCAAGAAAAUCAAUAUACAAAAGGACAGGUACUAAAACAAAUAUACCUGAUUAAGAAUAAAACUUAGGAAUUGGUGCUAGUGGUUAAAAAAUGACAGAAAGUAUAAAAGUUGAUUUGCCUGUUGUAAAGAGAAAGAGAACAAAAAUAAUUGCUGAAAAAUAAAUGGAUUUAAUGAAUAGAAUUGAAUCUUUAUCUGUUCACAAAACCCCAAAAGAAAUGAAACUUUAAUCUUAUAUGGAAGAAUUAGAGAUAAGAAAACUUAUUGAUAUUGAAGAUAGUAUUUAUUAAAAUGAAUAUCAUUUAAAAAAUAUGGAAGAAAAAGUUGAAUUUUAAAAAUAUGGUAUUUAAGAAUCUGAUUAUAAAAGUGAUAGUCAUGAUACUUACUUUUCAAUUUAUGAUUAAUACAAAGAUUUUGAUAUAAAAUAGGUAAAGAUUUUUAUUGUAUUUCUGGUAAUUUUAUUGUUAAUCAAGAAUUUGGUUUAUUAUUUAUCAUCAACAAUGAGCGAAAUGUUAUAGGUGAUUAUUAUAUUUAAAUCAAUAAUUAGUUUAGUACUUUCAAUAAUAAUUUAUCACAUAAAAAAAAUAUUAAUAUUGAAAAUACUUAUAGGAUUCUAUUUCAUAAUAUUUUGUAUAAAUGAUACUUUAAUAAUCUAUGUUCAUAAUAUAGAAAUGGAAAUAAUAUUUUUGAUUAGUCAAAUAACUGCUGUUUAUAUAAACUUAUUUUAUUUGUAGAUUUACAAUAGAAAGGAUCGAAUAAAAUUAUCUACCUUAUACACAAUAUUAAUUUUAAUAAAUCUAGUAUAUAAUGAAUAUAUUUUGGAUAUUAUACUAUUUUAAAUAUGCAUAUUAGUCUCAAGUUUGAUUAUUCAAGAAAAGGAGUUGAAGUUGUUAGCUGAAAAUUAUUAAUGUUUUUCCCAAUUUGAAUCAAAAAAUGCCAAAUAAACAUAGAUUUUAUAAUAUCUAUUACCAUAACACAUAAUAGGUAGAUUCUUUUCAACAGAUAUAACAACAACAGAUAAUUUCACAGAUGUUUUUGAAAAUUGUACGAUUCUUUUUGCUGAUAUUGCAGGAUUUACAAAAUAUUCAAGUUCAGUCGAGCCAGAAUAAGUAGUAAAUAUGCUUAGAAUAUUAUUUUAAUAAUUUGAUGAAGCAUGUCAAAAAUUUUAAGUUUAUAAAUUAUACACAAUUGGGGAUUGCUAUGUAUGUAUGGGAAUCAUAGAUGCAAAUAACAGAGAUCCUGUUGGUGAAGUAUUUUAAUAAAUUAUAAUUAUAGGCAAUUAAUGUUGUUUUAUUUGGAUUAAAAAUGAUACAGAUAAUUUAAUAGAUAAAUAAAGAUCCAUAAUUUUAGCACUUGAAUAUGCGAAUUGGAGCACAUACAGGGAGAGUAAUAGGUGGUGUUGUAGGUACAGAUGUCGUUAGGUAUGAUAUUUAUGGAGAAGAUGUUACAACAGCUAAUAAGAUGGAAUCAAAAGGAUAAGAAGGUAAAAUAAUGGUAAGUUAAGCAACAAAAGAUUUAAUAGAGAGUGAUGAUGAAUGCAUCGGUAUUUUCGAUUUUGAAUUUGCUUAAGAAGUUUAUUUGUCUUAAAAUAAUACUACAAUAUCUACUUAUUUUGUUAACUUUGAUUAAAAUGAUGAUGGUUAAUGA